GCAAACAGCGAUAGCAAGAGGCGAGUGCACACCGGCGCCGCCCACUCGCAAGGCCUACAGCUCCCUCAAGACUCCGCCGCGGCGACUCUGUACUUUUCUCUCUCUCUCCCCCUCCAAAACCAAAUCCUCGAAAAUGGCCGCGGUGCAAACACUCCCCAGGGAGGUCUCCAAGCUCGGUGCGGACGUGAAGCUGUUCGGCAAGUGGGAGACACAAGAUGUCGAGGUGAAGGACAUCUCGCUGACGGACUACAUCCAAGUCCGCCAUGCCGUCUACCUACCGCACACCGCCGGCCGUUACGCGAAGAAGCAGUUCAAGAAGGCGCAGAUGCCCAUCGUCGAGCGGCUGGUCGACAGCUUGAUGAUGAAGGGUCGCAACAACGGCAAGAAGCUCAUGGCCGUCCGCAUCGUCGCGCACGCGUUCGAGAUCAUCCACCUCCUCACCGACCAGAACCCCAUCCAGGUCCUGGUCGACGCUAUCGUGAACACCGGCCCCCGUGAAGACUCAACACGUAUCGGCUCGCAGGGCACCGUCCGUCGCCAGGCCGUCGAUGUCUCCCCCUUACGGAGAGUGAACCAGGCCGUUGCUCUCCUUACCACGGGCACCCGUGAAUCCGCUUUCCGCAACGUCAAGUCCGUCUCCGAGUGUCUCGCCGACGAACUCAUCAACGCUGCCAAGGGCUCGUCCAACUCUUACGCCAUCAAGAAAAAGGACGAGUUGGAGCGUGUCGCCAAGUCCAACCGGUGAAAAGCCUAUUUAUUCUGGUUUUCUCUACCCGGGUGGAUCUGGGUCUGGAAGGGGAGUCGGUGCACAUGGGGUCCUCUCUCUCCCUUCUCUCGUCUGCUCGUUCUGGCCUCCCGUCCCUACCUAUGAUGAUGAUGCACCAUGCUAUAUUGCUAUCCAUGUCACAUAUGGCGGUUUAUAUCUGCUCUCUCGACUGAAAAGCUUAACGUAACCUCUCUAUGGACACAGUGUGUAAGUAAGUAACAUCGCCAUUCGUCUGCUCCGCCUCGUAUUAUUGUUUUC